AUGCACCGCCUCCCGCCCUCUCCCGCCCUGAGCGCUUGCCACUCGCUCAGCGACGACGACCUCGAUGCUUUCCUCGCCAAUCAAGGUUCUCUCUCGCAUUUCCCAACUCCUCCGCCGCCGCAGAAGAGGUCGCCAUUCGUUGACACCAUCCACCUCGCCGACGAUGCCCGAGACGAAGACGAAGAUGGCGAGUCGCAGGACUGUAUGUGCUCGUCACCACAAUCUCCACGCGAGAUGCUGACCUGUCCCAGAUUUCUACAUUGCCACUCUUUUUGCAGAGCAAGCCAGCAUCGACAUCUGCUCGACACCAGGCGACGUCCAAACAAUCCAGCAAAUGUUAAUCCGGGCAGCACUGCGUCUGGAAGUCGUUGCCACGGCACUCAACGUCCUCACCGCCCUGCACUCCUUCCGGACAGGCUUUGGGCAUUUCGACGCCACCCCGCCCGAACUUCUUGUGGUUUGUGCCUUCAGCCUCGCCGUGUCGUACAUGUACGACGAUCCCGCCUCUUCCUCGUGGUGGUCCCGAGAAGUCUGCCGAGGGGUGUGGUCCGCCAAACAGAUCGACCAGUCCAGCAUGGAACUCCUCUCGCAUCUGGACUUUCGACUGCAUAGCUUCACGGCCACGGAGGAGAUUGAAAGGACCAUCGAUAUCUUCGUGCCACCGAGCAUGGUCGAGGCCGAGGGACCGAGACCCGACUCUCCCACGGAAAAGCCCGAGAAACAGCCUCUGAAGCUCACGAUCGACGGAACAUUGACCGAUUGGGAAGGUGGCCAGAUGACACCAGCAUCUACUCCACCUUGUACGGCUGUGCCUCAGGUUCUUCUGGGACCUUUCUUACCUUUGCUUUGA